AUGCAGGUUUCGCUAUAUGCAGAUGAAUUAACAGGAAUGAUGCCGAUUCAUGCUGCAGCAGCCUGGGGGAAUCCAAAAUGUAUUGAAGUUCUUGUUCGACAUGGUUGUAAUAUCAAUCAAAUUGAUUCGUUGAACUGUUCUCCUGUUCAUCAUGCAGCUAGAAAUGGACACAGUGCUACAGUAGACUGGCUUAUAAGGAAUGGAGCAAAUCUAUUGGAGUUUAAUUUAUUUGGUCAAAGACCAUCUGAUUUAGCUUUGGCGAAUCACUUCCCUGAACUUGCAGAUAUCAUUCGUCGAGAAGCUAAAAAACAAUUCAGAGAUUUGGAAUCUAAACCAAUAAAGACAUCAGCUUCAAGGGGGUCGAAAGCAGAGCAUGGUGGUAAAUAA